CUUUUUACAGGAAACUUCUGCCCAAAGAUGUUGACUCAUUUGGCCAAGGUUACAGUUUUUGGGAGAACUGGUAGAAGAGUGAUCUAUUAGGUGCUUCAGUGUCUGUAGACAAGAUGGAAUCAACUCCAUUUAAUAGACGACAAUGGGCUUCACUAUCAUUGAGGGUAACAGCCAAAGAACUUUCUUUAGUCAACAAGAAUAAGUCAUCGGCCAUUGUGGAAAUAUUCUCAAAGUACCAGAAAGCAGCUGAAGAGGCAAAUAUGGAAAAGAAAAGAAAUAACACUGAAAAUCUCCCCCAGCACUUUAGAAGGGGGACCCUGACUGUGUUGAAGAAGAAGUGGGAGAAACCUCUACCAGGAGCAGAAUCGCACACAGACCCUCUGCCAAAAAGCAGCAUUGAGGUUAGGCACAGAGCGGACCACCAUCCUGCAGAAGUGACAAGCAACUCUGCUUCUGGAGCCAGAGCGGAUCACAGUGAACAAACCCAGCCCAGACCUAGAUUUGGAUCACGUCCUGAAACCCUUCCUCAGUGCCGGGAUCCCCACUCCGAGGACAGGGAGGAUCUUAAAGCCCACACAACAGAAAGUAAAAAAAUGGAAAAUUGUCUAGGAGAGUCCAGGCAUGAAGUCGAGAGAUCCGAAAUGAGUGAAAACACAGAAUCUUCAGGCAAAAUAGAGAAGUACAAUGUUCCACUGAACAGACUUAAGAUGAUGUUUGAGAAAGGUGAACCAACUCAGACCAAGAUUCUUUGGGCCCAAAGCCGAAAUUCAGGUGGAAGGAGGAUCUCUGAAAACAGCUAUUCUCUGGAUGACUUGGAAAUAGGACCAGGUCAGUUGUCGUCCUCUGCAUUCAACUCAGAGAAAAAUGAGAGUAAGCGAAAUCUGGAAUUCCCACGCCUGUCAGAAACUUCCAUAAAGGAUCGAAUGGCCAAGUACCAGGCAGCUGUGUCCAAACAAAGUAGUUCAACCAACUAUACACAUGAGUUGAAAACCAGUGGCGGUGAAAUCAAAACUCAUAAAUUGGAGCAAAAAGAGAAUGUGCCUCCAGGUCCCGAGGCCUGCAUCUCUCAUCAAGAGGGAGAAAAGGUUUCUGCAGCUGAGAAUAGCCCAGCAGUCCCAUCCAUCCCUGCUGAAGAUGACUCCCCAGGUAACUCCCAGGUUAAGAGUGAGGCCCAGCAGCCUGUGGCCCCCAAGCCACUAAGUCCAGAUGUCAGAGCCUCCAGCCUUCCUGAAAGUUCUCCUCCCAAAGCAUUGAAGAAGUUUCAAGCACCUGCAAGAGAGACCUGUGUAGAAUGUCAGAAGACAGUCUACCCAAUGGAGCGUCUCUUGGCCAACCAGCAGGUGUUUCAUAUCAGCUGCUUCCGUUGCUCCUAUUGCAACAACAAACUUAGUCUAGGAACAUACGCAUCUUUACAUGGGAGAAUCUAUUGUAAGCCUCACUUCAAUCAACUCUUUAAAUCUAAAGGCAACUAUGAUGAAGGCUUUGGGCACAGACCACACAAGGAUCUGUGGGCAAGCAAAAGUGAAAAUGAAGAGACUUUGGAGAAACCAUCCCAGCUUCCAAAUGCAGUGGAGACCCCUCAAAGCCCAGGGGUAGAAGAUGCCCCCAUUGCUAAGGUAGGUGUGCUGGCUGCAAGUAUGGAAGCCAAGGCCUCCUCUCAGCGGGAGAAAGAAGACAAGCCAGCUGAAACCAAAAAGUUGAAGAUUGCCUGGCCGCCCCCAACUGAACUUGGCAGUUCAGGAAGUGCCUUGGAGGAAGGGAUCAAAGUGUCUAAGCCCAAAUGGCCUCCUGAGGAUGAAAUCAGCAAGCCAGAAGUUCCUGAGGAUGUAGAUCUGGAUCUGAAGAAGCUGAGACGAUCUUCUUCACUGAAGGAAAGAAGCCGCCCAUUCACUGUAGCAGCUUCAUUUCGAACCUCUUCAGUCAAGAGCCCAAAAUCUUUGUCCCCACCAAUCCGGAAAGGUUGGAGCAUGUCAGAGCAGAAUGAAGAGUCUGCAGGAGGGAUAGUGACAGAAAAGAAACAAGUGGAAAAUGCCAUGGUCUCUGGGAAGAAUGGGAGUGUGGGAAAAACAACCAGGCAAAACACAGAAUCUAAAGGAGAACAGGCAGGGAGUAGAAGUAAGAAAAUUCAUAGUUUUGAGAUAGGGAGUGAGAAUCUCUUAGAAAAUGGUGCAAACAUGGAUGAAGAUGACAGCAACCUCUUCAACCAGCAGUCUCCACUAGAAUCCAAGCCUCCAACUUGGUCCAGCUUUGUAGACAACACUUCCACUAAAGAAUUCACUACUCAAAAUCAGAAAUCCCAAGAUGUGGGGUUCUGGGAGGGAGAAGCAGUCAAAGAGCUGUCUGUAGAGGAACAGAUAAAGAGAAACCGGUACUAUGAUGAGGAUGAGGAUGAAGAAUAACAAAUUGCAAUGGUGCGGGGCCUUAAAUUCAUGUUAGUGUUAGUGAGUCACUGCCCUUUAUCAAAGUGAUACACAGGAACAUGUAUCUUAGCAUGAAUUGUCAUUUAUGUGGAAACAACUUUGGAAACAAAUUCCUCCUACAAAUAAAAAAAAUCCCAUAUGGCAGUUUAAGUGAACCAACUCUAAAUGCUGGAGAUAACAUUACUUAAAACCUCCAUUUUAGCAUCGAGGAUAUGCAUCAGUAUCUUUGAUAUGCUUCAAGUGAUACACCUGAUUUCACUGUAUUCCCAAAAGAUAAUACUAAAGUGAAUAAUUAGUAGUACAUUUUUAUACAACAAAUACUAUUGUGGAGUUAGAGAACAUACAGAAGGGGCCUAAACAUUAUGACUGAAUGCACUUUACUAUAAAGGGCA